AUGUACAUCAUAUAGAAAGGGUUCUCAGCUGGAGAGCUCACUAGGACUCAGCAACAACAGAAGGAUUUAUUUGGCCAACGGUUGGAAUGGAUUGUUUUGUGACUCCAAGCCCACAGGUUUACCAACCGCGUCGAUUGAUGAAACAAACCGCAUCAACCGUAUCACCCCUAGCUAGCUUCACCUCCUUCACAGCAGCCGGGUCCCGGAAACAAAAGUUGGUUCUUGCAUUGUGUCAGGUAGGGUAAACACCAAACAUGUCAGCCACUAGGACCACAUCAAACAUCGGAAUAAGCUACGGGACGCAGCAUCGUGCUCCCAAUGCGCUCUUAGAAAACUCAGCCAUCGUUUAUCGCACUAGGAAGAUCUGCAACAUCAGAGACAAGCAGAACAUGACAAGGCACCUCCUCCCCCACUACACGUCUUAACACCCAGCAUCACGCCCUCCCUUUAAAUUCAGACACCAUCUCCUGCCCCAGAGUUCAGACCAGAGUUUGUUCUCACACCACAUGCAAAGAUCGCCCACGCCAUCUUCCCAAUGGAGCUCCAGUUCCAUCCCCAGCAGCACCACAGCUACCAACAACAACAACAACCACCACCGCCAGCCACGAAGGAACCCAAACCCAAGCCAAGAACGAGAACCAAGUGCGGCGGCGGCGGCGGCGGCAGCAGCAAGUUCGUGGGCGUCCGGCAGAGGCCGUCGGGGAGGUGGGUGGCGGAGAUCAAGGACACGACGCAGAAGGUCCGGGUGUGGCUGGGCACGUUCGAGACCGCCGAGGCCGCCGCGCGCGCCUACGACGAGGCCGCCUGCCUCCUCCGCGGCGCCAACACGCGCACCAACUUCGCCGCCGCGCCGCCGCCCGACUCGCCGCUGGCCGCCCGGAUCCGCGGCAUCCUCGACCACAACAACAACAACGGCCGGACGCCGCCGAAGAAGACCUUACCGCACCGCCCCACCGCCGCCCGCUUCUUCCCCGCAGCCGCGGCCAGCACCGCUAGCACCUGCAGCAGCACGGCCAGCCCGACCAGCAGCAGUCCUAGCUCCAGCAUCAGCUUCGCCACCAGCACCCACGCCCGCGCUCCCAUUCCCACCCUCCCGGAUCCUCGGAGUCAGAGCGCGACCGAGGAAGCUUAUUACGCGCCGUACUCGGCCACCGGCGGCGGCGAAGAGUUCCAGCUAGCCGCGACCACGCACCAGUACGAACAACAGUCAUGGGCGCUCAACGCCGCCAGCAGCCCCCUAACACCACCACCACCUCCGGACGCACGCGACGUGGGUAGCGUGAACGCUCGCCGCUUGGCGGUCGCGGCGGAGACAGGCAGAGACAGGAUGAUCAAGCUGGAGAAGAAGAGCAGCUCUGCGUCGCUGUCGCUGUCGCCCCACGGCGUCAUCGACAGGGGUCCGGACAAGGAUCUAGCGUUUGACGUGGGGAAUGAUGCGUCUGACUCCCUCUGGGAUCUGCCGCCGAUCUGCCCACUUUCUUCUUGCAGGUCUAUGAUGUUUUAGACUAGCAUGGUGUAUAAUAUGAAGAUUUUGCACCUCCCCCGGCCGUCACCGAUGCUCCUUCUUUUUUUUUUUCCUGCUCCUAGGAGCCAAUUCCGUACAGAAGAGUGUAUGAGGAAUGAUGGCCAGCAAGCAGAGUAAUGCGAGUACUAUGUGACGGACAUGUCUUUCGUCUAGAUAGCUGGCUUUUAAAGAGCCAGUAGUACUACACUUGUAUUUUUUCCUUCUUUUCAUUUUGUGUUUUUUUCAUUAGGUUAUGCACCUAGAUAGCUCCUACGUUGUUGCCGGAGAGGCCGGCUGCGUAGCAAUAAUCUAAUCAUGUUGUGGUGGUUUUUUUUUGCAA